ACGCGAGGCGCCCCCCCCCAACCCCCCGCCCUGCUGCCCGAUCCCACCCGCGGCGCGCGCCGGGACCAGUGUUGAUAGCAUGAUGACCUGACAACGUCCAGGCCCGUCCCAACUAUGCAGUGCAAGUACUGAUGGGAAAGGAUCCAAUAUGAGUGUGAAUGAUGUUGGAGGCAGACGACGCUUUGAAGACAGCGAGUACACCUUGCACAUCUACCCCGGGAGCAUCGCCGAAGGGACCAUCUAUUGCCCCAUCACCGCCCGGAAAACCUCCACUGCUGCCGAGGUGAUCGAUGCGCUCAUCAAUAAACUCCAGCUCGAGAAAACAAAAUGCUACGUCCUCGCGGAAGUGAAGGAGUUCGGUGGGGAGGAAUGGAUCCUCAACCCCACCGACUGCCCGGUCCAGCGCAUGAUGCUGUGGCCUCGCAUGGCUCUCGAGAACCGGACGAGCGGCGAGGAUUACCGCUUCCUCCUGCGGGAGAAGAACCUCGAUGGUUCCAUCCACUAUGGCAGCCUGCAGUCCUGGCUGCGGGUGACGGAGGAGCGCCGCAGGAUGGUGGAGCGGGGCUUCCUGCCCCAGCCACAGCAGAAGGACUACGAUGACUUGUGCGGCCUGCCUGACUUGAACGAGAAAACGCUCCUGGAGAACCUCCGGAACCGCUUUAAGCAAGAGAAAAUCUACACCUACGUAGGCAGCAUCCUCAUAGUUAUCAACCCGUUCAAGUUUCUACCUAUUUAUAACCCUAAGUAUGUCAAAAUGUACGAUAACCAUCAGCUGGGCAAGCUGGAGCCCCACAUUUACGCCGUGGCAGAUGUGGCCUACCACGCCAUGCUUCAGCGCAGGAAGAACCAGUGCAUCGUGAUUUCAGGGGAGAGCGGCUCGGGGAAGACGCAGAGCACAAACUUUCUGAUUCAUCACCUCACUGCCCUCAGCCAGAAAGGAUUUGCUAGCGGAGUCGAGCAGAUUAUUCUUGGAGCUGGACCAGUGCUUGAGGCUUUUGGAAAUGCAAAGACAGCGCAUAACAACAACUCGAGUCGUUUUGGCAAGUUUAUCCAAGUGAACUACCAGGAGACGGGCACUGUGCGAGGAGCUUAUGUUGAAAAGUAUCUGCUGGAAAAGUCCAGGCUCGUCUACCAGGAGCACAACGAACGGAACUACCAUGUAUUUUAUUACCUCCUGGCAGGAGCGAGCGAGGAAGAGAGAUCAGCGUUUCAUCUUAAGCAGCCUGAGGAGUACCAUUACCUCAACCAGAUGACAAAGAAACCCCUCAGACAGAGCUGGGAUGAGUAUUGCUAUGACUCUGAGCCGCAGGAUUGCUUUUCCGUUGAAGGGGAGGACUUGAAGCACGACUUUGAGCGCCUACAGCUAGCUAUGGAGAUGGUGGGCUUCCUUCCCAAGACUCGCAGACAAAUUUUCUCUCUCCUGUCUGCAAUACUACAUCUGGGUAACAUCCGAUACAAGAAGAAGACCUAUCGGGAUGACUCCAUCGAUAUCUGUAACCCCGAAAUACUGCCCAUCGUGUCGGACCUGCUGGAGGUGAAAGAAGAGAUGCUGUUUGAGGCCUUGGUUACCAGAAAGACAGUGACAGUAGGAGAAAAGCUGAUCUUACCCUACAAACUGGCAGAGGCUGUGACUGUGCGGAACUCCAUGGCUAAAUCAUUGUACAGUGCCCUCUUUGACUGGAUAGUUUUCAGAAUUAACCACGCGCUCCUGAACUCAAAGGAUAUGGAGGAAAGCACCAAGACUUUAUCCAUCGGAGUACUCGAUAUUUUUGGGUUUGAGGACUAUGAAAACAACAGUUUUGAACAGUUCUGCAUUAACUUUGCCAAUGAACGCUUACAGCACUACUUCAACCAACACAUCUUUAAGCUGGAACAGGAGGAAUACAGAGCAGAAGGGAUUAGCUGGCACAACAUCGACUACAUUGACAACUCUGGCUGCAUAAACCUCAUCAGCAAGAAGCCAACCGGCCUGCUCCAUCUGCUGGAUGAGGAGAGCAAUUUUCCUCAAGCCACCAACCAGACCCUGCUGGACAAGUUCAAGCGUCAACACGAAGGGAACUCCUACAUUGAAUUUCCAGCAGUGAUGGAGCCAGCUUUCAUCAUCAAACACUACGCAGGCAAAGUCAAGUAUGGAGUGAAGGAUUUCCGUGAGAAGAACACAGACCACAUGCGCCCAGACAUCGUGGCUCUCCUGAGAAGCAGCAAAAAUGCCUUCAUCUGUGGGAUGAUCGGCAUCGACCCGGUGGCAGUGUUCCGCUGGGCCGUGCUGCGGGCGUUUUUCAGGGCAAUGGUUGCUUUUAGGGAGGCUGGAAAACGAUACGUUGAGAAGAAAACUGGGCAUGAUGAUGCAGUGCCAUGUGCGGUUUUGAAAAGUGUGGAUAGUUUUAGCUUUCUCCAUCACCCAGUUCACCAGAGGAGCUUAGAGAUCCUGCAGAGAUGCAAGGAGGAGAAGUACAGUAUUACUCGGAAAAGCCCGCGGACGCCGCUCUCGGAUCUCCAGGGAGUCAAUACCAUCAACGAGAGGAGCCAGCGGGAUGCCUUUGCUGUUGGCUGGAAUGGCCGGAUGGGGAUGCGGCACAGCAGGCUCGCCAGCCCCAGCUCCUUCCUGGACAAGGAUGGGAUAUUUGUGAACGCAACUAACAGCAAGCUGCUGGAAAGGGCCCACGGCAUCCUCAUGCGAAAUAAGAACUGCAAAGCCAAACCCAGUCUCCCGAAGCACAUGCUGGAUGUGAAGUCCCUCAAGCACCUGACCAACCUGACACUUCACGACCACAUUACAAAAUCCCUUCUCCAUCUCCACAAGAAGAAGAAACCACCCAGCAUCAGCGCCCAGUUCCAGGCAUCACUCAACAAGCUGAUGGAGACUCUUGGCCAGGCAGAACCUUAUUUUGUCAAGUGCAUUCGAUCCAAUGCCGAGAAGCUGCCCCUGAGGUUCAGCGACAGCCUGGUGCUCCGGCAGCUGCGGUACACAGGCAUGCUGGAGACUGUUCGCAUCCGCCAGUCGGGAUACAGCUGCAAAUACUCUUUCCAGGACUUUGUGAACCAUUUCCACGUCCUUCUGCCACAAGGAAUCAGCCCAUCUAAGCACAAUGUCCAUGAUUUCUUCAGGAAAAUAAAACUCAAUCCAGACAAUUACCAAGUUGGAAGAACCAUGGUUUUUGUGAAGGAGCGCGAACGGCAGCUUCUGCAGGACCUGCUCCAUCAGGAGGUGCUGCGCAGGAUCAUGCUGCUGCAGCGCUGGUUCCGCAGCAUGCUCUGCAGAAGGCAGUUCCUGAACAUGAGGCAGGCAGCAGUGAUCAUACAGAGAUUCUGGCGUAGCUACCAGAGCCGAAAGCAAGGCAAGCCAUCACCAGACCCGCUCAUGCUCAGCAAAGCUGCACUUGUGCUCCAAACCCACUGGCGAGGCUUCGUGGAGAGGAGGAGGUUUCUGCAGAUGCAGUUUGCGGCCCACCUCAUCCAGAGCUGCUGGAGGGAGCACCUGAAGCGGAGGCACGAGGCGGCCGCCAGCAUCCAGGCAGCCUGGCGGGGGCACCGCGCUCAGCAGCGGUACAGAGCCAGCAGGCGUGGGGUGCUGUGUUUGCAAGCAGCAUGCAGAGGAUAUUUAGCACGACAAAGGUUUAGAGCCUUGAAAGAGCAGAGGUUAAAAGAGAUGCAGCUGGAGAAUGGCCUGUCUAUUAGAGAAGAGGAUGGACUGGAGGAAGAUGGGGCUUUGGAAAUUAAGGGCUCUGACCCAUCCAAGUGGGAGGAUGGCUCGUUUGAAGAAAGAGUGAGAGCUAUAGAGGAGCACAAGGCGCUGAUGGAGAAUAAUCGGGUGAAUCACUUGGACCUCCUGGACACUUCUGCAACGUCGUCAUACAAGAGGCACGAGAGAGCCAGCAGCCAGAGCGGGAUGGACACCGAAGAGGAAGUCAUUGUACGAGAGAGACCCAAGUCACUGGAGGAUCUGAAUCAGAAGAAAGUCGUUCGUGCAAAAAGAGAAAGCCGGAGAAUGCGUGAGCUGGAACAGGCGAAAUUCAGCUUGGAGCUGCUUAAGGUCCGGUCCACUGGUGGGCUGUCACCCUCAGAAGAGCGGCAGUGGUCUACCGAGCUGGUGGUAUCUGAGGCGCUUCAUUCCCCUCAGGGAACCCCAGAGAGCGAGAGCUCUCAAGGGAGCUUGGAGAUGUUAAGCUGCGAAGAUACCCCAAGUAAAACCGUUCCCCUGGUUUUAGAUGUUCAGCUGCUUCCCACUGAGAGCCGGGACUCUUUGCCUAGCAGUCCUCAGCCUCACCUGCAGGACAAGUCUUUCUGCGCAGCGGAUGUGAACAGCAAUUUAUCCAUUAGCAGAAGGAUGCUUUCAGACUCUGAGCUGCCUGAUAACCGCGCUGCAAAGGAGCACGUGGUCUGUGACCCCCAGAAUAUCUGCAAGAUGCAUCCAAGAGAAACUUUCCUUUCUAGUAAUCUACCUACUUUCUACAUUCCACCACAGGACAACAUGAAGGUAAAGCAGUCACAGGUGGAGAAUAACUUGAAGAACAAGGCGGUGGAAAGAGAGGAGAAAACAGCUAUGUUCUCUGAGAUGAGGAAGGACUCUGAGCAAGAGCAGGGCAAAGUUUUGGGAGGGGAGGAAGGAGAGAAGUCUUCUGCCAAGAGAGAGGAACGUGGGACGGCCGCUGCAACGCAGACCCACUCUCCAGACUCUGUCAUCAAGAGACUGGAGAAGCUCAACGUAGAGAAGGAAGAGCGACAAAAGCAGCUCCAGUUGCAGAACGAGAGAGAGAUGAUGGAGCAGAUCCGGCAGCAGAAGGAAAUUUUAGAGAGGCAGCGCAAAGCCUUCGAGCAGCUGGAGAAGCAAGGCAGGGUGGAGGCUUUACAGCGGGCCGAACUGAGCAGAAUGAAGGACCCUACUCUGAAACCAUCCAAGAAACCCGACAGCCGGCCUCAGUCUGUCCUCAUCCUGCACACCCAGAACAGAGCGGAGCACGGCGUGGCCCCGGGCGGAGCUCCAGCCUCAUCAGUGGACAUCAAAGGUCUCACCGUCGGGAGCAGGGGCGGCUCUCCGGCCCACGCUGCCCCCAAGGACAGACCGGUCAGCAUGUUCAUGGAGCGAAGGGAAGGCCCUGCGCUGGAAUCACGGGGCAACCCCCGGCUGGCUGCAGACCCCAGGGACGCCCCGGGCAGCCCCUUCUCUAGGAAUGAGCGCCUCCGGCAGCCCCGGGUGCCCAGCCAGCCCGGCGAGGAGAUGCGGGCAGGUGCCAUGUUCUUCACACCCAGAGACAAUCCCUUCGGGCUCCACAGGGAAGCAAGCCAUCAAUGCCUCCCCAAGGGUGAGCUGGCUCGGAAGCCGUUUAAGAUGCCUGGGUCUGGCCGAGGAGAGGUUCCCAGACCGACCCAUAAAAAGAAAGCCCGCAUGGCGCGGACGCGCUCCGAUUUCUUGACUAGAGGUACUUUUGCUGAUGGGGAGGGGGAUACGGAGGAAGAUGAUUACGAUGGCAAUUUUGAGUUCCUCCUCUCCUCUGACCUACCUCCUCACCCUGAGGCAGGGCCUGCGGCCCGGCUCGGCCAGGCUUGUUACAGUGACUCCGAAAUGACAGUUCAGCGGUUCUCCUCGGGGGAUGGCCAACCAAAGCUUCACAAAACCAUGUCUCAGGGGGAGAUUGGGAAGCUGGCAGCCACACAGAAGCCCCUUGCCCCAGAUGGGAGGUCUCAACGAGCCAAGAUGAGAUUUUGGGGGAAGGGAAAGCAGGGGGAGAAGAAGACCCCCCGGGAGAAGCUUGCCACGCAGUCUGAACUGCUGGAGCUGUAUGCUGAGCAGGAGGUGCCCAGCAGAGAGGUGGCUGCUGGCCUGCAGCUUGGCGAAGAGUUGGGUCCUCACCAUCUGACGCCGCCGCGGAGCCCUGAGCUGUCAGGAAUCUACCGAAGGGAAUUUAAGGAGAACAAAGAGCCUUCUCCCAAAGUGAAGCGCAAACGUAGCGUCAAAAUCAGCAGCGUGGCUCUGGAGCCUGUGCAGUGGCAGAACGACUCGCUGCAGAUCAUAACCAGCGCGAGCGACCUGAAGAGCAUGGAUGAGUUUCUCCUGAAGAAGAUGAAUGAGCUGGAUAACGAGGACAGCAAGAAGGACACUCUGGUGGAUGUUGUGUUCAAGAAAGCACUGAAGGAAUUCCGGCAAAACAUCUUCAGCUUUUACUCCUCAGCGUUAGCGAUGGAUGAUGGGAAAAGCAUCCGCUAUAAGGACCUGUAUGCCUUAUUUGAGCAGAUUCUUGAGAAGACCAUGAGGCUUGAACAGAGGGACUGGAGCGAGUCUCCAGUUAAAGUCUGGGUCAAUACAUUCAAAGUCUUCCUGGAUGAAUAUAUGAUAGAGUACAAACCCCUGGACUACACUGCAGUGAAGGUGCCAAAAACGGAACGAAAAAAGAGAAGGAAAAAAGAAGCGGAUGUGGUCGAAGAGCACAAUGGGCACAUUUUCAAAGCUACUCAGUACAGCAUCCCCACCUACUGUGAAUAUUGUUCCUCCUUGAUCUGGAUAAUGGACAGAGCUUCUGUUUGUAAAUUAUGUAAAUACGCUUGUCACAAGAAGUGCUGUCUCAAAACCACGACCAAGUGCUCCAAAAAGUACGAUCCUGAGCUCUCGUCCCGGCAGUUCGGAGUGGAGCUCGCCCGGCUGACCAGCGAGGAGCGAGCCGUGCCGCUGCUGGUGGAGAAGCUGAUCAACUACAUAGAAAUGCACGGGCUGUACACAGAGGGCAUCUACAGAAAAUCAGGGUCCACCAACAAGAUCAAGGAGCUGCGGCAAGGGCUCGAUACAGACAUAGAUAAUGUGAAUUUAGAUGACUACAACAUCCACGUCAUUGCCAGCGUCUUCAAGCAGUGGCUCCGAGAUCUGCCCAACCCUCUCAUGACUUUCGAGCUGUACGAGGAGUUUCUGCGGGCGAUGGGCCUGCAGGAGAGGAGGGAGACGGUGCGAGGAGUUUACUCGGUCAUUGACCAGCUCUCACGCACCCAUCUCAGCACCUUGGAGCGCCUCAUCUUCCACCUGGUCAGGAUUGCUCUCCAAGAAGAGACCAACCGAAUGUCAGCUAACGCCUUGGCCAUCGUCUUUGCUCCCUGUAUCCUCCGCUGCCCCGACACGACGGACCCCCUGCAGAGCGUUCAGGACAUCAGUAAAACAACCACCUGUGUAGAACUCAUUGUCAUCGAGCAGAUGAACAAAUACAAGGCUCGCCUCAAGGACAUCAACAGCCUGGAGUUUGCUGAGAACAAAGCCAAGAGCCGCCUGUCCUUGAUCCGCAGGUCAAUGAAACCCGUACUAAUUGCAGUUAGAUUUAUGAGCAUAACCCGCAGUUCAAUCCCGGGCAAAGGCCGCGUGCGGCGCGGCACCUUCCCCAGCCCUACGUCCCCUGUGGCCGUGCGCCUGCCCUCGGUGUCUGACGUCCCUGAGGAGACCGUGAGCAGCGAGGAGGCCAUGGAGCUGGAUGUGACAGAGCAGCAGCAAGCAGCCAUGCAGCAGGAGGAGAGGGUGCUGACCGAGCAGAUCGAAAGCCUGCAGAAGGAGAAGGAGGAGCUGACAUUCGAGAUGCUGACGCUGGAGCCUCGCGCCUCUGAUGAUGAAACACUCGAGUCAGAAGCCUCCAUCGGCACUGCUGACAGCUCAGAAAACCUGAACUUUGACUCCGAAGGAGCCAUCUCUGAUCGGUCAGAGCGAAGUGUAGCACUUAGCUCCCUGCGCCCCAACAAGGCGGAGGGGCCGGGCCGGCUGCGGCGGCACCCCAGGACGCGGCCAGACGUGGCGGACACGCCGAAUCCAUCCCUCGUCUCCUCCUCCUCAUCCUCCUCUUCCUCCCAGUCGUCCACCUCCUGCCUGCCCCACCUGCCUCGCAAGCGCUUCCAGAUGUACUCCAAGUCGCCCUUCUACCGAGCGGGGGCCCUGGGCGAGCCCCCCGAGCCCCACUGCGACGAGCGGCCGCAGUUCACCACGCGCGGGACCUUCAACCCCGAGAAGGGGAAGCAGAAACUGAAGAGCGUGAAGAACUCCCCCCCGAAAACCAAAGAGGUGCCAGAAGGGGGGCUCGGCCGCAAAAGGAACCCCGAUGCUGACCGCAGCGCCGGCCAGCAGCUUGUCCUGCUGGGGAGCAACGAGUUCAUGGUGUGAGACGCCAGGGUGACGACGUCCCCAUUGCCAUCAUCGUCACUGUCAUCCCCCGACCGCUCGGGCUGCAAAAUGAGCGCUCCAUGCGGAAGCUGCUGGGGAUGGGUUCGGCGGUGGCCUCAAUGGUGUGGGGUUGGGACGGCCGGCACGGGGACAGAGGGACAGACAGAGGGACGUCGGGGAAGGAGCCGCCGUGCCGGGUCCUCUGUGCUGGAGGAGGAGGAGGAGGCAGUGGGAAACAGAGCGCCGGAACACACCGCGGUGUGCAUGAGCUGCAGGGCGCGUGGAACGGUGAGAAGGAGAUCUGCCAACAGGACUCAGCUCUGGUUGUUCUUUCCUAUUUCCAAUGUGCCCUCCUCUCGUGGUAGUUUUUUUUUAAUUUUAUUUUUAUUUCUUUUUCAGACCAUCAGUAUUAAAAUAAUAAUAAUCAAGGACUUACUUGAAGCUCUGUUUAUAUUCUGGUUUACUGGAGUUUAUUGUAAAUACUUUUUUUUUAUUGGUUGUGUUUUGUUGUUGUUUUUUUUUUUAAAUAUUUUGCCCCAAAAAGGACUUUGUGCCAGGGCGAGGGGUCAGUGGGCAGCACAGGUCCCGGCCAUUCACUGCGUCUUCCACCACUGCUCCAUCGGGCUGUAAUUAGCAGGGCUCAGAAGCACUGCCUGCAGUAGCACUAAUGAGUGGCGCUCGCUAACGAUGGGGGCUGCUGGCUCCUGCUGCAGCCGGAGGGCUGCCUGUCUGUAGGAUGGGAGAGACUGGGAGCCUGGGGGCGCUGAUGGGAUCCAUAGGUGCUGCGUCUGCCCCUUUCUGCUUGGCGUUCUGGGCAGACUGGGCUGCACGCCUUUCCCUGAACACCUCCAGAAAGAUGGAGAGCACCAAUAACUUGAGUCUUCCUGCAUGUUUUCUGUUGGUUUCACUGGGAUUGGGGACGUGGCGAUGCAACCCCCCGUUCCCGGCCCCCAGUGCCUGUGAUUUCAAGGGGUGUUUUAUUUAUUUGCCUUUUUAUUAUUUUAAUCUUCGUUCUUGGUGGUUGUUUUUGUUUUCCCUUUUAAGCCACGCAGUGAAAUGGGGAGCGCAUCAUCCCCACGCAGCCCCCCGUGUUGGGACGAGCCACUUCUCCCCCUCGCUUAGCGGAAAGGCCUUGUUAUUUAAAGAAAUCCCACCAAAACGAUCCUUCAAAGCUCAGACUUUAGGACGAGGUCUCCUCCAAUAGAGCACCGUCCCAUCCCACACCCACCUCCCCCCGGCACCACGAGAGCAGCAGGGCCGGCGCAUCCAGCUGACGCAUCACCUCCCUCUAUGUAUGUAAUAAUAUAUAUAUAUAUAAAAUUUUGUAUAUAUCCCUCUCACUGGCAGGAUCUAAACUAGCAAUGAGCGAUGAGCCCCCAGAAAUUGGGGUGGUUUUAGCAGGUCCCCACCCAGCACAAAGCUGGCACCCUGCUGCUCCCUGUGCCCGCACGCGGCCGUUCUGGGGCACGGUGUUGGUUUUGGACGACGAUCCGCUCCUCGUACCAAGUGAAUGUACUUACUACUGGAAAGGACGUGGGCUGCGUGUUGUUAAUUAUUAUUUUUAAUGGAAAUUUUUUUAAAGUAAUUUAUAAGAAUGCCGAGUGUAAGUUAAAAAGGAAAAAAAACAAACAAAAAAAAACAAAAAAAAAACCAAAACCAAA